AUGUCGACACCAGGCGCCCGCGCAGGCUUCGAGACCUUCGAAGGCCUCAACAUCGACUACGAAAAUGCUUAUCAUGACAACCCAUUCAAGGUGUCCUGCGUCAAGAACGCUAUCGCCAUGCUUUCCCCAAACUCGCGCGUCCUCGACGUAGGCUGCGGCACCGGUAUGCCAGUCUCCGAAAUGCUCUCCAAAGCCGGCCUUCGGGUCCUUGGUUUCGACAUCUCUCCCAAAAUGGUCGAGUACGCACGCACCCGGGUCUCUGGUACUUUCACCGUAUCCGAUAUGCUCACCUACAAACCCGAGGGUGUUUUCGCUGGUGUAUUUAUCAUCUUCAGCCAACUCCAGCUAUCGUACGCUGAUUUACAUUCCACCAUAUGCAAGUUUGCGCGGACGCUGGAACCCGGCGGGAUUCUAGUGUUAGGUCAAAUGCCAGGCGACAAGUACGUCCAGGACCCAGCAGACUGGGAUGAGACAGGCACGUAUGUCGAGGACUACGAUGCUCCGUUCAUGGGCGAAAUGCUGCCAACGCUCAUGUUGAGUGCGGAGGGGCAGAAGGGUUUUUUGACAAGUAUGGGCCUCGAGAUUGUGAGCGAGACGAUUGAUACGUUCCAGCCAAACAAUGAGAAAUGUGUCCCGGAGGAGCAGCAGUAUAUUAUCGCCAAAAGACCGGAUGAGAGGCCGCUGGCAGAGCCGAAGCCGCGGCCGAAGUCAUCCACGUAA